GGAAUUUUGUGUAUGCGUCAGACAAGCAAUCUUGGAAACUUUCGGUGUCUUGUGUAUAUUUUUGGACUGUUGGUUCCCCCAUGAUCCUAUAUAUACACAUGACAUUUGCCACUCCUUCACUCCCUCUUCCUUCCUUUCUUUCUCUGCUCCUUCCCUCCUCCCCCUUUUUGCUUCUUGACACUGACUCUUGUGCUACCUCUACCUCUUUCUGGCUCACAUUCUUUUCCAACUGCCAACCACUUCGAUUUUCGACAAGUUUUGGAUGGUUUUUACUUCAGGGUCUUGCUAUAGGUUCCAAUUCUGGAAGUUCUGACCAGUUUUCUUUAGACAAAGCUCUUCUAUUUUUCACUGAUUGAGUUAUUUCACAUUCAAGUUGUGACAUUUGAGCAAUAUCAGCUUCUGGGUAUUGACUCGGAGGCUUAAAUUUGAUUCCUUUCCAUCUUAUUUUGGGAAUUGCUAAAAAAAACUUGUGAGGGGGGGUUGUUGGGGCUGGCACAUAGGUUAUAAGGAAAGAGUUUCCAAAGACAAUGAUUCUGCCAUCCAAAGGGUGCAUUCUGUGGAGGUUUUACUCAAUUCCUGACAAGAAAUCUCUUCUUGACAAAAGCUUUUAUUUUUGGAUUUUCCAAAUUUUUAAUAGAUACAGUACGGGCACUUAACUAGCAUUCAUCCCUAAGCUGCAGCUCUCUGCUAUUGUAACUAUUAUAUAUAUAUAUAUAUAUAUAUAUAUAUUAUUUUGUUUUGAAAAUUUCGGAUAUUUGUGAGUUAUGGGAGGGGCAUCACUACCACCAGGUUUUAGAUUCCACCCAACUGAUGAGGAAUUAGUGGGAUACUAUCUUAGUAGAAAAGUGGAGGGGCUUGAAUUUGAGCUCGAAGUAAUUCCUGUGAUCGAUUUGUACAAAUUUGACCCCUGGGAGCUGCCAGAGAAAUCGUUUCUCCCCAGGCGAGAUAUGGAAUGGUUCUUCUUCUGUCCAAGGGAUCGAAAGUACCCGAAUGGCUCAAGAACAAAUCGAGCUACUAAAGCUGGCUACUGGAAAGCCACUGGAAAAGACCGCAAGGUUGUCUGCCAAUCUAGUGUUACUGGAUACCGCAAGACCCUUGUUUUCUAUCGUGGACGUGCUCCUUUAGGUGAUCGAACAGAGUGGAUUAUGCAUGAGUACCGCCUCAAUGAUGAUUUUCCUCAGGGGUCACCAGGUCAUCAGGGAGUUUUUGCUUUGUGCCGUGUUGUUAAAAAGAAAGAGCAUACACAGAAGGCAAAUGAUUCCAAUGGAGAACCCAAGGCUAAGACGACUGGAAGUACUUCGAGCACUGGGGAUUUGACCUCAACAAGAAACUCGAAUGAGACCUUGAGCAUCUCUGCUGGAAUGUCAUCUCAAGUGAACUACCAGCAUGACGAGAGUCGCCAUUCAAGCCAUACUACUUCUCCAUAUGAAGUCUCUCCAAUGGCAGAGUUUGAGCCAGCUCCAAGAGGCACCAAUCCUGCAGACUUCUGGAUCUCACCUGACUUAAUUCUUGAUUCUUCAAAGGACUACCCACAGUUACAAGGAGCUGUGCCUAAUUACUUCCCCCAGUACGAGUUUCCAAGCACAAUGUCACCAUGGCAGUCAUAUGAACACACUGAGAUUUCGCCUAGUUCAUCAUACUCAAAUUUUGGAGACUUCCAAAUGGCAGAUGAUAUGAAUCAAAUGGCCAGCAUGUCACCUUUCUCAGGACACACAGACUACAUGGGUUAUUGUGGAAAUGAGGGAUUGCAAUUUGAAGUAUCUGAAACAUGGGAUGGCCAAGCUCUAAUUUGCAGGCAAGUGAGCGCAGAUGGGAGUUUACGGGAGCUUGGACGUCUAUGGCUGCAGGAAGACAACAUAAUUGUGAUGUAGGGGUUUCCAAGACAACGCCUUUUAAUGUUGGUUCUUGGUAGUAAAAAUAAUCAGUCGUCUUCUUCUACAAGGACUUAAGGAGUGGUUUGUAUUCUCUGUAAUAGUACUGUCUGCAUUGUUUGGAGUUGUUUCAGAAGCCACUUAUGAUCUUCAUGGUUUCUUUAAAUAUCGUCAGUUAGUAUCCCCCCCCGGGUGAUAAUCACUUUUAUCGGUUUCCCCUGGAGUUGGUUUAUAGUAGCUGUACUGUUUUCCAAAGUGAGCUUCUUGAAUGUAAGCUACCUUGUGGUUAAUAUAUACAGUAUAAUUUUCUAUGCUUGAUAAUCUUUAUGUAUUGAUUCCACUUA